CUACGAGUUACAUCAGUGCGUUCAAAAACAAGUACACGCCACGUACAUGCCGUGGCCCAGUUUCGCACUCGUUUACGUCACUUCGACCUAAUAAAGAACUUAUUUCGGAACACGCAUCAGAAACGUACGACUAAAAACAAUAUACAGCGAAGAAACGAAAACAUGGUAACAUCAAUAAUAAAAUACACUGUUGUGGUGGAUAAGAGGAAAAUGCGACGAAAAGUAAGUAAUGUUAAAUCCGGAGUGAGACACGUUGCGCGCAUGCGCCCACCACGGACAUGCGCAGUGGAAACGUCAUAUCUAUUUUAGUAGCAAGCUUUCGUGCGGGACAAGCUUACAGUGCCACGCUUUAAAAUUCAAAUACACGUUCACUCCUGUAAAAUAAAUCGUACGCUUUACAAACCACGCUUAAAUAAAUAAUAAAUAUAGUAAAUCUGCUUAUAAAAAUGGCAUUCGCGCUACAAAUUAGCAAUAAUAGCACCUAAAUGGGAUAAGCAUAAGUGUUAAAAUGCAGCAAUGCGCCAAAAGAUCGAUGUCAGUAUUCCCUGAUGCCAAAAUUUCAAAAAUAUAGUGUCAAAUAUUUAACAUGGAGCCCCUCAUAGAUAGAAACAACUUUGCCGUAAGUGCUAUGGUCACCGUGGCGAUGCAGAUCUUAUUUUUCAUGGUCGCCUCGCUGUCACAGAGCGACAAAGUUACAGAUUUCACUGGUGGUGCCAAUUUUAUCAUAAUAGCAUUAUUAACAUUCUUUCUCGGCCAAGGAGGUAGCACGUUGAAGAGCUAUGACAGCAGACAGCUUAUGGUGACGGCGUUCGUAUGUGUUUGGGGCGUGAGGCUCUCGGGAUAUCUCAUAUACAGAAUCUAUCACAUCGGCAGAGACAAACAGUUCGAGGAUCGCAAGAGUAACACUCUGAGGUUUGCCGUGUUCUAUACCUUCCAGGCGGUGUGGGUGUACGUUGUUAGUUUACCCGUCAUUAUAAUCAAUUCACCCCACCACUCAUAUCCGAAGGCGCCUAAAACAAUGACAACAUUAGACUCGGCUGGUGCGGGCGUGUUUGUGAUUGGCUUAUUAAUUGAGACUUAUGCGGACUUACAAAAAUUUGCAUUCCGCCAAGAACCAGCCAAUCAGGGCAGAUGGUGUAACGACGGCCUCUGGGGAUUGUCCAGACAUCCCAACUACUUUGGAGAAGUCGUUCUCUGGUGGGGUAUUUUUAUAAUAUCACUGAAUGUUAUCGAAGGUAUCGAAUACAUUGCUAUAUUAUCGCCUUUGUUCACAGCGGCAAUCAUAUUGUUCUUAUCUGGUAUACCUUUGCUCGAACGAUCGGCCGACGAAAAGUAUAGAGAUAACCCAGAUUACUUAUAUUACAAAGCGUCCACGUCACCCUUUAUACCGAUACCGCCAGCUAUUUACGUAGAGGUACCCAAAUUCCUGAAAUGCAUGUUGUGCUGCGAGUUCCCCAUUUACGAUUCCACGAGAGAUGACUUCCCCGCCCCCACCAUCGUCACCGAGACCACCAGCAUAUCGAUGGUGCAGUCUCAGACAUAGCUAACAAACGCCGCGCGCGACAGCGUUGCGGCUAAAGAAUCGAGUAAUCCAAAGAACCAGAACGACCAGAAACAAUUGUGAUACACGGCCGAGGAUAUACCUCAAAAGAAAUUGCCAAAUUCGUUGCCAUUAAAACAAAACAUUACUUUAGAUAUGAAUCGUUAUAAUAUAUACAUGGAGAAUUUAAAGCGUAGCAAAAGAGUUGCGCUAGGAUUACUAGACGAAACGAAAGAUAUUAUAGAAGGGAUCUCAGACGAGAGUCCCAUUACAAAUAUUAGGUUAAGAUCACCAAACGAUGACGUAGAAUUAAGUGCACCGAGUACGAGUAGACACGAGAGCAAAAGGCCCGCAGAGUAUGUGAAGUACGGCAAAAUUACGUUCAACACUACGGCAAUAUUACAUCACUACCCGCAAAUGCAGAAUAACGUUCGAUCCGAUAAUUGUACCGGUAGACGAACAGCUAGAAAAACAGAUUUAAAUAUACCCGAAGGGCUAAACGCUGACAACAAUAACGAAGUACAGUCUGAAGCUAAUGAAACUAAAAAAUUAAAUAAAACUAAGAUUAACGAUAACAAUAAUGAUCUGAUCAAGUCGAAUUGUAUCAGAUCGAAACCUCUAGAAGUGUUAAAGAAACCUGUUAAAUUUACAGAAGAAAAACUUGUAUGAGAUUUAGCCAAAAACUUUUCAUUUAAAAUGAAAAUGAAAAGGUAUUGGCAUAAGGUGCCCGUUAGAGUGAAAAAAUACAUAUCGAAGUAUAAACUGUUGUAAAUAAAACAAAGACUGGAAUCCUGGAUCUAUUGAACCUUGAAAUAAUUGAUAAAAGUCUAAAAGUCACAGUCAGCUGUCACUUCGUUAGCGGAAGCGUUACAAUGUGUAAUAGUAUGUACAAAUAUUUAGAUAAAAUAGUCGAAUCCGUCUCAACUAGCAUAAAUUUCUUCCUAUUACUUGUUACGUAAUAACUACGUGUAAAUUAUAUAGGUAUAGAGAAUAAUAUCGGGAGAUAACGAAGAUUAGCA